UUUAUUAUCCCGCCAAAUCAUGAAUGUUAUCCUCCCGUUAUUAUGAGAGAACAUUCAUGAAUUGCCUCCCCCCACGCCUCCCUAGUUAUCAUUAAACAUGUUAUUAAAAAACAAUCAAUCCUUUCUUAGCUUUCAUCCUAGGUUUCGUUCCUAGGAUCGAAUAUCCUUCUUCCAUAGUUAAUUUGAUAGCUAGAAGAGGCCAGGCCGGAAUUAAAUCCUGGCCUGAUCGAUUACAACAUGGGUACAUGUGUUUCCUGCCAAAGAGGGGUGAUUGAGAGGUAUGACGUUGCCGGAAACCUUGUUGAGGAAAAUGCAGAGCAUUUGCAGAGAAAUAAUGGGGAAGAAGAUGAUAUCUAUGAAGGGGUUGCGGGAAGAGGAGAUUAUGGUGCACGCAUUAGGCUUCAUGGGUCUUCUAGUUUUAUCUCCAUGUAUUCUCGACAAGGUAGAAAGGGUAUCAACCAAGAUUCCAUGACUGUUUGGGAGAACUUUACAGGACAAAAAGGUACGUACUUCUGCGGUGUUUUUGAUGGCCAUGGCCCCUCCGGCCACAAAGUCUCACGUUAUGUACGCGACAUUUUGCCAUCAAAACUUUCCCAGUCGUCAUCUCGGGUUAUAUCAACUGUGAGCUUUGAGGUGGCUGAUGAUGACACAAGUAGUGAAGAUUUAGAUGAGAAGGAUGAUGGUGAUGAUCCCCCAAACCCUUUUCUUGUCCGAUGGAAAUCAGUUUUUCUCGAUUCGUUUAAGGAGAUGGAUGAAGAUCUUGAAGGCCAAACAACAAUUGAUAUCAAAUGUAGUGGCUCAACAGCAGUUACUGUCCUUAAACAGGAUGAACAUUUAGUGAUAGGGAAUUUAGGUGAUUCUCGGGCUGUUAUUUGCACAAGAGACGAUUCAGACCAGCUCGUUGCGGAACAGCUCACCGUCGAUUUGAAGCCUAACCUUCCAGGUGAGUUUGAAAGAAUUAAAAACUGCAACGGGAGAGUUAUUGCAAUGGCAGAAGAGCCAAAUGUGUACCGGAUAUGGAAGCCUGAUGAAGAUAGCCCAGGUCUAGCCAUGGCAAGGGCGUUCGGUGACUUUUGUCUUAAGAGCUAUGGCCUCUCCUCAGUCCCUCAAAUGCAUUACAGAAAGCUCACAGAUAAAGAUGAAUUCGUUGUUUUAGCAACUGAUGGGGUAUGGGAUGUUUUAAGCAACAAUGAGGUGAUAAGAACAGUGGCUUCAGCAAGGAGGAGAUCCAUGGCAGCUCGAUUUCUAGUUGAGCGUGCUGUCCGGGUAUGGAAACACAAGUACCCUUGUGCUCGCACUGAUGACUGUGCUGCUGUUUGCUUGUUCUUCAAACGCCACCGGCGGCCGUCGCUAACAAGAUCUUUGUCACAAGAAGCAACAGAGCUUCUGGUCUACAACUACCCAUGCAGCGCCAACACCGAUGACGACGGUCUGGACACUUUGUUGAAUUAUAAGGUGAUGACGGUAGAGGGAGACGACAGUGGUCAGUUGCCGGAUUCAAACGGGGGAAAUAACUGCCGGCCGGAGAUGCCAACAUGCUGAUCCAGAAUUUUUGGAGAUGAUGUAAAUAUGUAAUCUUGUAACACAUUUGUGUAUAAUAUAUGUGUUUCAAUUCCUUGUGUUCAACUCUAAAAAAAGGACCGAAUGAAAGUAUACGGGAGCAAAGAUAUAUAUGAGGAGGUGCACAAGGUUUUGGGCCGGAUAGAAAUCGACUAGUUUUCAAAUAGAGACUUGGACCGUUGGAAGGAACAUUUAGGUUCUGGAUUGGACAACGACUAAAGUGGGUAUCGGGACUGGUCCCGAGCCUCACUUUUUGGGACCUGGACCUUUUGAAGUUAUACAUAGUAUUUCAUUCUCCUCUGGCAUGAUUUGAUCUUGAGUUUGAGAAAAUCAUUUGUUUAUUUGAAUUAGCGGAAUACUUUUUUUGUAUGGAUGGUAUAUGUUAAUGAAGGUUGAUACUGUUUUGAC